CUAUCGUCAAGCUCUCCGAGUACUUUUUUAGUCGUGUGUUCUUUCAAAGGAGGAUGAGUGGUGCUGGUGAACAGUGUGUGUGGUGCCAUUCGUGCAACGAAACUUUAAUAUCAAAAUAAGAAAAAUCCGACAUCUCACGUUUUUUUUUAUUUUUCUUUUUAGUUUUUUUUUGGCUUUGUUUUUUUUUUCUUCGUUUGAAACUCAAAUUGAAACUUUAAGUGAUCUUUAUUUAAAUUAGUACUUAAACUUCUUUCAAAAAAAAAAAUACCUAUUUUUUUUUUUUUUUUUUUUGUAUUUCAUUCUUCUCAAUAUUGCUUGCAUCAUUUGGAGUAAUAUUGAACUUGUGGGUUGGAAUCAUUCAAAAUUUGACACAAGAGUGCUAGAUUGUUUUUUUUUUUCGUGAAUCGAUUUAUUCAGCACAAACUCUUGGAUAUCACAACACACCGCACAUAACGAUACAAAAAAAAAGAACCAUCGUUGCUAAACCUAUUGUUAUAAAGUUUAGAAUUUCUGUUUGUGAACAUUGUCAAAUAAUAAAGUAGUUUACUCUGUGAAAGAACAACAAAAGCAAGCAUAAACAAAAGAAUCAGACAAAAAAAAAAAAAAACAAAAAAACAACAGGAACAGCAACAUUUAAAUAAACAAAUCUAGUUUUGAUUAUAAAUUCCUCAUGUCCAGGGAUUAAGAGAGAUUUAGGACAAGAAGGACCACAAUGCUUUUAAAUGAGGUCUAUGUGAAGAGGAACUAUGACAAAAAGACAAAAGACCAAUAUUUUGGAAUCAAAGACUUCUUCACUAUCAUCCUGGCAAAUAAAGAUAGUUGACGCAUAAGAUACUUAAAAAUAAAAAAAAAAAAAACCAACAAAACAUCCUUUUUUUUUAUCAUUGGGUCGGUUUAAAUAAAGGAUCAUACAGAAAUUACAUAACCUGCAAACAACAAACAAAUACCUAUAUAAAAUAAAAAUAAGAUCUUCAUCAACCUAACUUUAAUCCAUCAUAAUGUACUCCCCCGAAGAUGGUUUGAUUCAUCAGCGAAAAACUAAUUUCUGCUAUGCACUUGGUGCCAAAGUUCCAUCUCGAAUGGUUCUUUAUUUUUUGUCAUGGUCAGGAUUUUUAGUUUCGUUUAUGAUGCGAAAUGAUAUAAAUUUCGCUCUUGUAGCAAUGGUUCGUGCAAAUGAUACUUCAACAACAACUACAACAAUACCAAAUGAUGUCACAACACAAAGUUCAUUUAAAAAUUUUACAGAUCAAAUGUACUUACAAAAUAAUUUUUCAAAUUUAAAUAACAAUUCCAAUUUCGAUGAUUCCGAAUCGAAUACCAAUUCCUUAAUGUUUCUCAAUGAAAAUAAUAAUUAUAAUAAUAAUAUUAACUUUAAUAAUAUUUUAAACACAACAAGUACAAAUAAUAGCCGUUCCGUCAAAAAUUUCACCAACAUCGAUGGAUUCGAUGGGAAAUUUAAAAAUAAGAAAAAUGUUACCUAUCAUCAGUAUGACUGGGAUUCAACAACAAAAGGCGCGAUCUUAGGCUCAUUUUACUGGUGCUAUGUUCUAUCCCAAGUAGCUGGUGGCAUUGCAACCCAAUAUUUUGGAACAAAAAAAGUAUUUGGUUGGUCACAAUUUGCUACAGGCUGCUGCAGCUUCCUAAUACCAUAUGCUGCCGAUUUUCAUUACAUUGCCGUUGUUAUUUUACGUUCAAUACAAGGUUUUGCCUCCGGUCUAACAUGGCCAGCUAUGUAUGCAUUGGUUGGAUUUUGGAUACCAUUGGCCGAACGCAGUCGAUUUAUGUCUAGCUUUCAGGGAUUUAGCAUUGGUAUUGGCCUUACUUACCCGUUGUGCGGUUUUAUAAUUGAUCAUUUUGGCUGGCCAUAUGUUUUUUACACAACUGGCAGUCUGGCAAUGCUGUGGUGCAUAAUGUGGUAUUUGUUAGCUUUCAAUAGCCCCAAAGAACAUCCACGAAUUUCACCUAGCGAACUCGAAUAUAUUGAAGUGAAUGUUAGCCGUGAAGUUAAAGAAUCCCAAGGGAUGCGAGUGCCAUGGAAGAGUAUAUUUACAUCGUUACCAGUUUGGGCAAUUGGUAUAACAACAUUCGGCCGAAUAUGGGUACACUAUCAAUUCAUAUUGUCCGGACCGAUUUUUAUGAAACAGAUACUCGGUUUGCGUUAUCAAUCAAAUGGACUACUCUCCGGUUUACCAUUUUUAUGCUCAUAUAUAUCGUCGGUGUUCUUUUGUUAUGCCGCUGAUAAGCUCGUAUGCAAGCAAAUAAUGAGUUUGACAAAUGUUCGUAAAUUAUUUACGGCUGCUUCGCAAAUCAUUCCAGGAGUUCUAUUACUAUUUAUUGGUUAUAUUGAUAAUAUAAUACUUGUUUUGGUUGUGUGGUUUAUAGCUGUGACAUUUGUGACAGCUUCUUAUGCUGGUGCAAUGGCUAGUAUUGUGGAUAUAGCACCUAAUUUAGCUGGGCCAGUUUUGGCUUUUGCACAAACUAUACAUAUGUCUGCUUCGUUUUUAUCGCCUGUUAUUACUGGACUUAUUGUUGUUAAUGAGAGGUCAAUAGACGAAUGGCGCCAGGUGUUCUGGGUUUCAUGUAUAAUAGCGAUUUGUACUUAUUCCAUGUUCCAAAUCUAUGGCACUGCCGAUGUUCAGUCCUGGAAUCGUAUGAGAAAAAAAAAUGCCUCAUCCGAGGAAGAAAGUGAUAAACUGAAAAAAACAGAAAGUGGUUCCAAAGAUAGCGAAUAGUAUUAAUUUUCAUGCCUAAAUAUAAAAAAAAAAAAAAACAAAAAUACAAAAAAAAAAAAAAAAUUAUUAUAUGUAUAUAAACAUUAAAUGUUUCUUAUUAAAAAGUGUUACAUUCAAUUACAAUUAUAUUAUUAAAUAUUCAAAUGAAUUUUUUUAUGUGUAGGUAUAUAAUUUUGAUGUUAAAGAAUACAAAUAAAUAAAUUCCUAAUAUAUAUUAUACAAAUAUGGGAAAACAAUUAAGUUAAA